GGGGCGCGAAAAGUUACGAUUAAAAAAAAGUCGAGCCUCAUCAACUCCAGACCUUUUAUAUACAAACAAUCCUGUAGAUCUUCUAAGUGACCAGUAGACAUCAUGGUCCGAAAACUCAAGCACCACGAGCAGCGCCUGCUCAGGAAGACAGAUUUUAUUACCUGGAAACAGGAUAAUGACCACAGAGAUGCGGCUGUUAUACGACGGUACAUGAUCCAAAAGCCCGAAGAUUACCACAGAUAUAACAGGAUAUGCGGUUCUCUGCGCCAACUAGCACAUCGCCUCAGCUUAUUACCGCCAGAGAACCCCGUGAGGAGGAAACACGAGGAGCUUCUCCUAAACAAGCUCUACGACAUGGGAAUCCUAUCGUCGGCCUCGAAGCUCUCGAACGUCGAGCACGGCGUCACCGUCUCGGCCAUGGCGCGCAGGAGAUUACCGGUGGUCAUGACGCGCCUGAGAAUGGCGGAGACCGUGCAGGCGGCUACGAAGCUCAUCGAGCAGGGCCACGUCCGGGUGGGCGUUGAGACUAUUACCGACCCUGCUUUCUUCGUCACGCGGAACCUGGAGGACUUUGUGACAUGGGCUGUCGGCAGCAAGAUCAAGCGCAACAUUAUGAAGUACCGCGACAAGCUGGACGACUUCGAGCUGUUGUAAUUUAGGGUGAGGGUGUAUGCAUUUCCACGGCGUGGCGUCUGGGGGUACUAUGAAAUAGAUAUUGGUAGUCUUUUUAUAUCAAUUGGGUUCAGAAUCGUGUUUCCCUGCUCAUUCUGCAUAAGCCUACUAUUGCACUCUAUGUUCUUGUUUAUAGCUUAGUGUAUUGAUUACUGUAAAGGGGAAUUAUAAAUGAUGCUAUUUUCGAUUAGUGGUAAAUACCUAUCAUGUCUUUAUUUUGUGG